CCGGCGCUGAUUGGCGGCGGCGCACGCGGCUCGUUUGAACGGCCGGCGGGGCGAUGGAGGCGGCGGAGCUGCGCUGCACGGCGGCCGUGGAGCAGCCGCUGCCGGGGGGCCUCGCCCCGCGCCGCCGCGUGAUGCGGAACGCGACCGUGCUGCUGGGCCGCGACGAGCUGCGGCAGCCCGUGCUGCGGGUGGCCGGCGGCAGCGGCGCGGCGGCGGCGGUGCUGAGCUUCGUGCUGGCCGGUGACGCCGUGAGGCUCUUCACGCGGUUCGCGGGCGAGGGGCGGGCGGCGGUGCGGGUGGGGCCGGACGGCGCUCAGGUGCUGCUGUCCGACUGCCCCCCGGACGCGCUGCGCCGCUUCCUCCGCCUCCUGCGCCUCAAGGUGGCCGCCGGGUCGCGGGACGCGCCGCGCCGCCCCCGCCUGCUGGAGCGGCCACCGCCGUCCUUCUCCGUGAUCAGCCCGGUGCAGGAGCGGGACCUGCUGUGCGGCCCCGGCCGCCUCGGCGAAGAGCGGGGGCAGCGCCCGGCGGAGGUGCCCCGCGCGGAGAGGCGGCCCCCGGCGAGGCUCUCGGCGGAGCAGGAGGCGGUGCUGGGCGCCGUGCGGAGCGGGAAGAGCAUCUUCUUCACCGGCUCUGCAGGUGAGGGGUCCCGGCGACUCCCAUCGGCUCCCCGGGGAACGUGCUGGCCAUUGACCUGUUGCUUCUCUCUCGAAGGGACUGGGAAGUCGUUCCUGCUGAAGAGGAUCGUGGGCUCCCUCCCUCCAAACACCACCUACGCUACAGCCAGCACGGGAGUAGCGGCUUGUCACAUCGGUGGCACUACUCUCCACGCCUUUGCAGGGAUCGGCUCUGGGAAGGCACCGCUGGAACAGUGCAUUCAGCUGGCAGAGAGGCCAGGGGUGCGCCAGCAUUGGCUGGCCUGCCAGCACUUAAUUAUUGAUGAGAUCUCAAUGGUGGAUGGCAAGUUCUUUGACAAGCUGGAAGCAGUGGCAAGGGCCGUCAGAAAACGGGAUGAGCCUUUUGGAGGAAUUCAGCUAAUUAUCUGUGGGGAUUUCCUACAGCUACCCCCAGUCUGCAAGACUAAUGAAGAAACCAAGUUCUGCUUCCAGGCAAAAAGCUGGAGGAAAUGCAUCCACAUAAACAUGGAGCUGACUGAAGUGCGGAGACAGACUGACAAGGCCUUUGUCUCAAUCCUGAGUGCAAUCCGUUUGGGCAGGUGCACAGAGGAGGUUACCAGACAGCUGAUGCAGACAGCUGCUCACAAGUCUGAGCGUGAUGGGAUCCUGGCUACGAGGCUGUGCACCCAUAAAGAUGAUGUAGAAAUAACCAACGAGAGACGUUUACAACAGCUUCCAGGAGAAGUGCAUCUGUUUGAGGCUUUGGACAGUGACCCAAUGCUAGUGAAGUUAAUUGAUGCUCAGUGUCCUGUGGGUGGUAGAGUUGAGCUAAAGCUCGGAGCUCAGGUGAUGUUAGCAAAGAAUCUUGAUGUGUCUCAAGGGCUGGUGAAUGGGGCACGAGGUGUUGUUGUAGGGUUUGAAAGUGAACAGAAGGGGCUGCCUAAGGUGAGGUUUCUCUGUGGGGUCACACAGCUCAUAAAAAUGGAGAAAUGGAUCAUCAAAGGACCAUCAGGAGUUCAUCUGAGUCGUCAGCAAUUACCUUUAAAAUUGGCAUGGGCCAUUUCCAUUCACAAGAGUCAGGGCAUGUCUUUGGACUGUGUGGAAAUCUCCCUGUCUCGUGUCUUUGAAAGUGGCCAGGCUUAUGUAGCCCUCUCCCGAGCCCGAAGCCUUGCGGGUCUCCGUGUCCUGGAUUUUGACCCAAAAGCAGUGAGAGCUGAUCCUGCUGUGCUGCAGUUCUACAGACAGCUGAGGCGUCAUCAGCUCCUAGCCCAGGAUUCACUACACACCCACUCAGAUGCUGAUGAGAAGGAGAACUGGAAACGCAACUGAGAAUGCUCUUCUAGUUUCUGUGAGGUGUCAGCUCAGCCUGCUGAAAUGCAGCAAUAUUACUGUGUAUAUUUGACAACACAGACAAAGUCGAAGGAGAUUUUUUGGAUGUUUGCUUCAUUCAGCUGACUCUGGAUAUGUGCAACUAUCCCCAUCUCCCAUCUCUGGAAUUUGGAAAGCUUCUGCAGACCCCUUCGAGCCCCUAGCCUUGAGUACUCCUGUGUCACAAAUGCAACUCUAGCAAACAAAAUGACUGAACAAGGAUGUGCCUGAGGGACAUUUCUACAGUUUUAUCCUGUCUGAGGGACCUUCCUACCAUUCUCUCCUGCCUGCUAAUUGUAUUUUAUUAUCUGCACAUACAGACCGAGACUUGUGUGCCUUUCUCAACCACUGCUGAGAGACACAAAGUGUGUGUCCUCUUUGCUUGGAUGGAUUGCUCACAGGAGAUGCUGACACAAGGGAAAGCAAUGCUAAAUAUCUGGAAUACUUGAUUUGUGUGCAAGAGAAGAGCUGUUCUUGCUGUCUGGCUCCAGGAGUCUGCAUAACUUCUUCCACAAGCAGAACUGUCAGAGUUGCACAUUGCCUGUUAUGCUGAUACAUAGCAUUUUUAUUAGUCUGUUGCAUACAAUGAGGUGAUAUUUUUCAACCUUUUGAGAUGACCUGGCACUAUUUAAAAAUAGGAGGAAGUUCUACAUCUUAUACCCAUAAUUAUGGAACCACAAGAGCUGUGAAGAUUCAUUACCCCAUGAGCAAGAAGGGGGUCAGAGGAGAUGGGUGCUGGUGGGACCCCUCUUGUUUAAACACAUGAGGUUCCCAUUCAAAUGGGAGUUUCUCCUGGAAAAAAAAGUCUGACUAAGAAGGUGGAACUUGAGUGUGCAAUAGAGUAAUGGUUAAGGACAUGUGGAGUGUGCUGUAACUUCACUCGUUUCAGGAAAAGCAGAGAUGAGCAGAACUAAUGCACUGUCUUCCUCAUAAAGGAGAAGCUUUGGUCUUUGUAUUUUAGCACUUUGCUUAAAGCUAAAGUAAUUUGCAUAUUUUAAUAUGCUUUACAUAUGGGAAUACCAUGAAAUAACAUUCAGCUGGAACCUGUCUCUUGCAGGGGAAUUCUCUAAAGAAGUCUGUGCAGUGUAAGCAAGUUAAAGGCCAUUUCUUGGCAGCUGCUCUCCUUAAGGCCAGGAAAGGAUGUUGGCUAGCCAGUGCUUAACAUAACAGAAAACAGACUUCAAUAGGAUUUCAAAAUGUACUUUUUAGUAUUUUUUUGUUUGCUUUGGGUUUGUUUUGUUUGAUUCUUUUUUCUGGCCUUGAGAAGGUAGAGUCUUGGAGGAAGCAAUAGUGUAAGACAGAAGUGUGACUGUUACUCAGAGAAGUUCUUUAAGUAUCAGCAGAUUGUUUGUUCAAAGAAGUUUGGUGGGGAGUGGAUGGAAGUACGUGGAGGUGGAGCUGGAGCCUAUGGAAGGCAAGUCCCAAACCUUCUGCUUGGCCAGGGGGCUGGUUUCAGUUGGCACUCUUGUGGGUUUUUAAAGAUGGGAUGCUGCAGUAUAAUGAGGGAUUUAUGUUGCAUUGGACUUUAAAGUAUGGGACCUGAAAUGCCCAGAAUGCUCAAAUGAGUUUUACUGUUGGGGUAGACAGCUAUGAAGAACAGGCCAGGCAAGUUCAGUCACUGACAAUAAAUUGAUUUAUUGAUUAUGUCAGAGCGAUAAGGCAGGUUCAAAUCCUUUAAUGCCUCUUAAAAAGUUCCUGUACCCCUGUAAUUGCAAGACAAUUUAGAGUGUAAUG